AUGGCGGGCGGCCGCUCGACAGUGCUGACGCCGGGCGAGUGCUUCCGACAUCCCGUCUUGCAUGAUGACGGGUCCGACGCGGGUUCUGUUCUUGGCGUGGUGCGCAGAGUGAUGUCGGACAACCCAGGGGGCACCGCCUACGAGGUGGAGUACUUUGCCGCUGGUGUGCUCCACGCCAAAGCGCCCCAGAGGCUCACGGCCGCUCAGGCAGCCGAGCGGCACAUGGCAGUGCUCCAGCACGAUGAGGAUUGCCCCGAGCUGCCGGCUGACGUCGCUCAGGCCGCCUUACAUGAGGCUGAGGCCGCUGAGGAGGAAGAGGAACCGCCGCCGAGUCGCGCCGCUAUCGCUGGCCCGGCCAGGAAACGCCCCGCCGGCGUAGGCAAGGCUGGGGGCGACUUGGUGGAGCUCGACGGCGACGAGGAGGCCGACGAGGCGGACGCGGAGGCCUUUGCUGAGCUCGACAGGGAGCUCGCAGCGCUUUCAGGCAAGUCCGAAGGCGCGAAGGGCUCGGCGAAGGACGGCUACCUGGAGCGCCUCAAUAAGUUGCGGGAGAAGCUCGCGACAGUGCGCGGCCCGGAGGCCGCUGCAGGCGGGGCCGCGGCCGCCGCGCCCAACAAGAGGGCCAAGCUCGGCGUGGUGGUCCAGGCUAGGAUGACUGGACAGGCGCCGAGUGCUGCCGCUGCUGGUCCAGCAGAUGGCGGUCGUGCUCGCGGCUCAGGCGAGCGGGCAGUGCUGAAGACGCUCGCCGAGUACCUGAGUCGGGAGAUGGAGAACAUGGCGCAGUUUCUGGACCAUGAUGAUGCUGGAAGUGUGACCAAGCAUAGCCCCGUGGCGCUCAAGUUCUUGUUCCGGGUACUGAAGCCUGCGCACCCCAUUCGUGAGAUUGGCGGGGACCGGUACCGCGAGCUGCGGACGCUCGCGGAGAGUGCGGGCCUCAUAGUCUCGGGCAAGCCCAUUCACGCCCUGGAUUUUAUUUUCUGCAGGAUCAAGGCUAUCGAAAAGACCAUGCGGGAUGGCCAUUCGAGGACGGCGAAGUGGUUCGAGCUCAUUCCCCCCGACAGUGGUGGAUUGAGCCUCUCAGUUGAGGACGAGGAGCUCGUCACGGGCAUCGAGGCCGCCGAGGUGCGCAUGGCCCAGCUGCUCGGGCGCCUCGGGGGCCGCG